UUUGGUGCUGAAGCUGUCUGACACGGCUGUGUUUCAAUGUUUUAGUGUGACAAAUACUUUUCACUUCAUUCUGUCUUUGGGGAUAUAAAUGACAGAUUACCAGAUGGUUUCGUCAGAUUUUACAGCCGACGAGAAGAUGGAGAUUGAGACCAUCAAAAUGCAUAAAAAAGACCUUCUGGAUGACAUCCAGAAGCUGAAGAUGGAGAUAGACCAUGUCAUGGCAGACAUACUCAGCUUUGAGUCUGCAGAAGAAAAUAAAACUAUGGAGAAAAGCAGACAAUUCACAAAUGGGAAGAAGAAAUUUAACAUGGACCCAAAGAAGGGAAUCAAUUACUUGGUGGAGAACAAGCUGUUGGAGGGAGGUGCUCAAUCUAUCGCUGAGUUUCUCUACAAGGAGGAAGGACUCAACAAGACAGCCAUCGGAGAAUUCCUUGGAGAAAGGGAGGAGCUUCAUCUGCAGACCCUGAAGGCCUUUGUGGAGUUGCAUGAGUUCUCAGACCUAAACCUGGUCCAGGCCCUCAGACAGUUUCUGUGGAGUUUCCGUCUACCUGGGGAGGCUCAGAAGAUUGACCGAAUGAUGGAGGCCUUCGCCACACGCUACUGUGACUGCAACACUAAUGUCUUCCAGUCCACCGACACGUGCUACAUCCUGUCCUUUGCCAUCAUCAUGCUGAACACCAGCCUCCACAACCCCAACGUGAAGGACAAAACUACUCUGGAGCGUUUCUUCUCCAUGAACAGAGGCAUCAACAAUGGAGAUGACCUACCUGAUGAUCUACUUUCAAAACUAUAUGAGAGCAUACGCAACGAACCUUUCAAAAUCCCAGAAGAUGAUGGGAAUGAUCUGACUCACACCUUUUUCAACCCUGACAGAGAAGGAUGGCUCCUCAAACUUGGAGGUCGGGUUAAGACAUGGAAAAGGAGAUGGUUUAUCCUGACUGACAACUGCCUGUACUACUUUGAGUUCACCACGGAUAAAGAGCCCAGGGGUAUCAUCCCUCUGGAGAAUCUUUGCGUGAAAGAAGUGCCAUAUACUCGGAAACCAUACUGUCUGGAGCUGUACAACCCCAACAGUCGAGGGCAGAAGAUCAAAGCAUGUAAAACAGAGACAGACGGCAGGGUGGUGGAGGGGAAACACCAGUCCUACACUAUCUGUGCCUCCAGCGCUGAAGAGCGGGACUCCUGGAUUGAGGCCAUCAGAGCAAGCAUCACCAAAGAUCCAUUUUAUGACCUGGUCUCAGUCCGGAAGAAGAAGCUGAUAAAUCAAACUCCUCAGGACUGAGCAGCCCAGCGUGCCACUCCAUGGACAUCCACCCUGAAGUGUGACUCUUGCCACAUUUGGUCUCUCUUCACAUUGCAUGAAGAAAGUUUUUUGCAACACAGUGACAUGAGGCCACACAAGAAUGACCACAAGCACAUUGAUGCACGUAGUGGAGGUUGUUGAAGCUAAAAAAAAAGAGUGCCUCUUUCCACUUCUCUUUUCGCACACUGAGAAAAAACAAACUGUGUGAAAGGCAGAAGACUCAGUGACUCAGUGUUAGUGUGACAACCUAUGGAGGAGCUCUCGGGACGAUCUCAAACUCUGACUGCAGAUUUUGUGGAUUCAUGUUAUUGUUCCAAAUUUUUGUUCUGUGAACAGAAUUGGUGUAUUUACUGAACUUUCCUAUUUUGCCUUCUUUGUUUCAGGGGUUUCUGUAAAAGUUAGUUUUUCAACUCCGAAUGACAAAUGAAGCACGUCUCAACAUUUCCGUGGAGGCUAUAAAAAACCCACAUCUGUCUGAGCUGUUGUAGCUUGGUCAUGAAGGUCAAAAGAAUUAGCAGAAAAUGCAACAAGUUAAUGUUCAUUAGACUAGGUUUUACUCAAUAAAAGCUCAGUAGAGCUAACUGUCAGCUGAACAUAUGUUUUAAUUUGUGAAUAACUGAAUUUAAGAAUGUAAAUACGGUUCUGGGAUUAGUUCUUACAGGGUUCAUUUUAACAUGCAAAAUCCUGUGUUUUUCCAAUGUUGCUUAAUAUGAAAGCACUGUGCAAUAAGUGUAACACUUUGUUGUGUAUAUUGUAAUAACUGUAUCUUAUAAUCUAAACUAUUGUAUGCUACACCUUGUAGACCACUGCAUUUACUGUGUUUGUUCUGCUCUCUCAAAACAGUUAAAACGUAUUCAAAUGUGUUGUGAUUUAUUAAAGUUGAUCUUGUUUUGGAAGUUUCAGGACUGA